GCUCAGCCUCCCGAGUUGGGGGACCAUCAGCUGGCUGGCCCCUCACCCCACCCAGCCUGUUCCCAGAGGAGGGUCGCAGCCCUUGCGUGUGCCCCCAGCCUGGAGCAGCAGGGGCUGGGCAUCUCACAGCCUCCAGGACUAUCCCCACUGCUCACAGCCUCUCUGCCUGCCCCCCUGCCCUGUGGAGAGAUGCCCCCUCCCUCCCUGAACAGGACAGGGGAGGGAGAGGAGGCCUGGGGGAGUGAGGAUGCUGUCAGCUGAAUCAGCAUCUUCCUCCAAUGAGAGCCAGGUUGACUCUCCGAAAUAGCUCCUGUUUCCAUGGCAGCUGUUGCCGGGACAACCACGUCCUCUUUAAUUUGUUGCCAGAUUCCCUGUGAAAACUGAAAUCCUUGUUUGUUUCUAUUCCUCCACACAACGAUUUCGAUUUCACUCACUUGGCCAGCCAUUUCUCCCCUCUGAGACCCAUAGUGGCCGUUUAUUUUCGUGUCUCAGAAAAUGUCUGACAGCAGACAGACUGUGUUCUGGGGUCUUGCUGGACCUCAAAACCUGCUGAACAAAAUCAGACCCUUCUGAGACCUCUGUCCUGGCUAGAUGGAGCUAGCUGCUGCCCUGGCCUGGGCCUGACUUCGAUCUGGGUCGGUCUCCAAGCCCCAUGAUAGCCCCAGCCUUGUGGUCUGGACGUAGGGAUGACGUGGGAGGUGGGGCGGCCUGCCAGCUCCUCCCCCAGCGCCAACUCCGCAGCGAGGAUCUGAGGAUCCGAUCUGGGCCUGCGUCGGGCCCUGGGUCACCAACCCCUUCAAGGACGCAGGCAGAUGCAGCCACUGUGCACAUGCUCUGGUCCCCCGGGAGCGCCAGCUCCAGACACAAAGGGCUCCGGGGCUGGGAGGAUGGGAUGGGGUGAAUGGGAGCCCAGGAGGAGAGAAGGGAGGGAUGUGUCCACGAGGUGGCCCAGGCCUAGCCAGGGAUCAGCACAGGCAUGCCAAGGGGUCCUGUUUGUCCUCCCUACUUCAAAUGACAGCGGGAACAUGUGGGCAGACGGCCCCUCCUCCCUGGGCUGGGGUUGGUGGAAUAAAAUCCAGAGCAGCCAGCCCCUGCCUGAUAUCGAGUGGGACCCCGGAAGUCAACAGGGCUGACUGCCAGCCCCCAAAAGUAUGAGAGGGGAGAAGGGAGUCCUGGGGUCCUUCACAUCCAUAUGCCAAGCCCAGCUGAGAGUGGCUGCCCCCACGUGUGGGACCCUGGCUCUCAACUCCUUCUCUGGAAAAGGGCUGCGUGUGCUGAAGGCUCCUCGCCCUCUCCUCUGGCUACACAGCAUCGAGGCUGCCCCUGUUUUUUUUUUUCGUAAAGCAGCUGUGAGGUUGCUGGCAGAGAUUUUAUCCCACUUCGUCCCUUGCCUUAAUGGACCCAGCCCCCAGGGGAGGCAGAAGGACAAACUAGAGCCAGACAGACCUGGGUCCGGGUCCUGGCCCUGCCACUCAUGGGCCACCUGACCUCCAACACAUGUCACUGCCUCAUCCGUGGAGGGAGACAGGCAGCACAGCCCCCCUGGGUGUCUGUAGGGUCCGGGAUGGUACCCUCAGGCCGGGCACUCAGACCCUGGGCUGACGGUGACUGGUGGCCACCAGAGCUCCAGGAGUCAGAGCCAGACUGACUGGGUGCGAUUCCUGGCUCUGUGCUCACUGGCUGGGUGAUGUGGGCAGGUUAUAGAACCUCUCCGUGCUUCUCUAUAAAGUGGAGGUUAGGAGGAUGAAAUGAGGUAAUGUGUAAAGCGUUUGGAUAGAGCCUGGCACAUGGGAGAUAUGCUAAUAAACAUUUGCUACACUUAAUAAUUCGACCUCAGGCCCAGGGUGCUCCGGUGCUGGGGACCUGUACUGCUUACUAGCUGAUGGGAAAAUGAACAUCUCUGUGCUUCCGUUUCCUCAUCCUUCCUCACAGGCUUGUGAGGAUUGUGUGUUAUCCUGGCUACUACCGGUGCAAUAGGCACUGCUGUUCUCCCAUUUAUGGAGGUGAAGGCUCAGAGAGGUUGACUGACUUAUCCAAGGUCACACAGCAGGGAAGUGGCAGAGCUAUGACUGGUACCUAGGUUUGGUCAACAAGACCUGAGCCUGCCUUGUUCAGCUACAGCAACUGUACAACCUCCAGGGAAGGGGCCAGCAGUUUGGAGAAGCACACAGAUGAUGCCAUUUCUUUGUUACCAGGGCCUGGGCGGGCAUGGGGUCAGGCCUGGAGUGGCUUAUGCAGCUUUUUCUCAUCCUCGUGACCACUCCGUGAGGAAGGCAGGAUUCCUGUUUUACAGUUGAGGAUCCUGAGGCACAGAGGAGCCAAGGAACCUUACCCAAGGUCACCCAGCUAGUGGGUGCGGGAGCCAGGACUUAAACUCAGGUCUGUGGAUGUAAAGCCAGUGAGCUGAGCAGAAAUGGAGGCCAUGGUGGGCCGUGUCCGAGGCCAGCCUCUCACCUGGGUCCAAGGAGGGGAGAGGCCACUCAGAGGUCAGAGGUUGGGGUGGCACAAGGUUGGAUGGGACCAUGGAGGAGCAGGGAGAUGAUGGCAGGAAGGGUGGCAGGCCACCCCCGCCCCCCUUCGAGAAGCAUCUGUGAGGAUUUUGUGGCAGGUCAGGGGGCAGGGCUGUAUCUUUGUGGCUGCCUCAGUAGUCGGAGUCUCUUCCUGUGCCAGAGUGGCUGCAGGGAACAGCGACUGUGGCCAGGACAUGAGGGCAGGGGGACACAUCGUUCCACCCCCUGGCUGCCCUGGGAGAGCAGGUCCCGGCACUCUGCACUAGGCCGUCAGAGCGAGAGGAUGGAGAUGGGGCAGGGGAGGUUGCUGAUGGCCCCAGGCAGAGGACACGGCCCAGAAUAGCACACGUGGCAGGUGUUGACCAGGUUACUAGGCACCCAGAGAUGGGGAGGUGACCACCUUCCCAGGGCAGCCCAUACAGCCCAGCCAGUGUGCAGGGCUGUCACACAGGCAUCAAAUGGCACGUUCCUUCACCAAAGAGACAGAAUGGGGACACGGGUGCCCCGUGGCCCUCCCUUCUCUGUCGCUCCCGCUUCUCCCAGUCCUGGGCCGCCCUUCUCUGCUCCCCUGCCUGGUCCAUUUCCUCUGCCUCCUCCUUCUCCUGUUCGCUCUACCAACAUGUCUCCAGCCAGCUCUUCCCCCACAUCCUUGCUGCUCAGGAGGACGGGGCACAGAGCCUGAGGUGGCUCAUGCGUCCUGCUCCCCAGAGACCCGGGAGCUAAGCCCCAAGAUGACUGGCCCGGGAAGGAGAGCUGGGUAGGUCUGCGGGAGGUAGGCAUGCCCACUUCAUCAGGCUGCCUCCUGUCUCUCCUCCUCUCCCUGGUGGCCUCCAGCCCCUUCCUACAGGAUAGGGGUAGGGAGGGCAGAGCUGGUGUGUGCCCACCAUACCUUGGACCUGCAAUCUACGCAGCCCCUCUGGCCCCAGAACCCCUUUCAGCAGUGUGGGCAGGCACUGAGCAUGCCUGUGGGCAGAGUGGGGGCAGCCCUAGGGGGGACCUUGGGGAUGGAGAAGUCCCCAGGUUGCCCCAGACAGCAGUGACUCCCCACAACCCUUCAAGGUUAAGUGAUCCCUGAUGUGGAGGUGGGCUUGGUGGGCCCUCCCUGCUCCCCAGGGUCUAGGUCAAGGGCUGGGCAGUGUAGGUCAUGCCCUGUGGCCCGCCUUGCCCUGCAUUGAUGCGGGUGUCUGUGAGAGGCUCCUGUGUACACAGGGCACACCUGGACGCGUGGCCUCGCCUCGCAUCUUCCCAGGACCCUGUGUGCAGCUGCAGCUGUGGGUGUGUGUCUGUGCUGGCGCCAGAGGGAUGCAGGAGCCCGGGACCAUCAAGGAUGAUAUGCUGCUGGGGGCGGGAGGAGCGGGGGCAGGGCUUGGUGAGUGAGGACCUCGGAAGCCAAUCGGAGCCAGGUUGUCUCCCGACAGCCAAUCUGGGAGCGGGGGCUCCUAGUGGCUGCUCAGAAACCCCGCUAGGAGGAGGGGCCGGCCUAGGCCCGGCAGGCUCUGCAUAUAAAUGGCCCCGGGAGGAGCGGUACCCCAUCUCAAAGCCUCUGAUCUCCUGCUGGAGCUGCCUCGUCCCUCUGGACCCAGUGACUCAGGCUUUUUGGUCGCCCUUCCUGGGCGAGGCGGUCGCGUCCCUCGGCAAGAUGCCGGAGUGCUGGGAUGGGGAACACGACAUUGAGACACCUUAUGGCCUUCUGCACGUGGUGAUCCGGGGCUCCCCCAAAGGGAACCGCCCAGCUAUCCUCACCUACCAUGACGUGGGCCUCAACCACAAGCUGUGCUUCAACACCUUCUUCAACUUCGAGGACAUGCAGGAGAUCACCAAGCACUUCGUGGUGUGCCAUGUGGAUGCCCCCGGGCAGCAGGUGGGGGCGUCGCAGUUUCCUCAGGGGUACCAGUUCCCCUCCAUGGAGCAGCUGGCCGCCAUGCUCCCCAGCGUGGUGCAGCACUUUGGGUUCAAGUACGUGAUUGGCAUUGGAGUGGGAGCCGGAGCAUAUGUGCUGGCCAAGUUUGCUCUCAUCUACCCCGACCUGGUGGAGGGGCUGGUGCUGAUGAACAUUGACCCCAAUGGCAAAGGCUGGAUCGACUGGGCCGCCACCAAGCUCUCCGGCCUGACCAGCACUUUACCCGACACGGUGCUAUCCCACCUCUUCAGCCAGGAGGAGCUGGUGAACAGCACAGAGCUGGUGCAGAGCUACCGGCAGCAGAUCGGGAACGUGGUGAACCAGGCCAACCUGCAGCUCUUCUGGAACAUAUACAACAGCCGCAGAGACCUGGACAUUAACCGGCCUGGAACAGUGCCCAAUGCCAAGACGCUCCGCUGCCCCGUGAUGCUGGUGGUCGGGGAUAAUGCGCCUGCUGAGGAUGGGGUGGUCGAGUGCAACUCCAAACUGGAUCCAAGCACCACGACCUUCCUGAAGAUGGCAGAUUCUGGUGGGCUCCCCCAGGUCACACAGCCUGGGAAGCUGACGGAAGCCUUCAAAUACUUCCUGCAAGGCAUGGGCUACAUUGCGUACUUGAAGGACCGAAGGCUGAGUGGAGGAGCAGUGCCCUCGGCCAGCAUGACCCGUCUCGCCCGCUCUCGCACCGCGUCGCUCACCAGCGCCAGCUCGGUGGACGGCAGCCGCCCGCAGGCCUGCACCCACUCGGAGAGCAGUGAGGGGCUGGGCCAGGUCAACCACACCAUGGAGGUGUCCUGUUGAAGCCCUUGGUCCCUCGAAGAUGCCCACCUGCCCCCGCCCACAUCGCCGUCCCACUGCCAUCCUCGCGCCGGCUCAUUUUUCCCUUUAGUUUAUUUUUGUGAGGGCAAAAGGGAGGAAGUGGGGUUACUUCUCUUUUGUUUAAAAAGAUGAAGGGAUCUAUCUUAGGUGCUGCAACGGAACAGUCUCCAGAUGGUUUGAGGGGCUCACUCCCCCCCCCCGACUUUGUUAACUUGCUUAGCUGACUUAGACUCCUCUCUUCCAACUGCUGAUGGCCUAGGGACCGUCGGGGGGGGGUGUCCUGGGAGGAAGGGGAUUAACUAAGGAAAGAGUUUGAGUCCUUCUCUGGCUAGGAUCCAGGCUAAUAUCCUGGGUUAAAGAAGGAGCAAGGGAUGACCUCGUUGGGCAGGCAGGUUUGAAGAUGGGAUGGGGUUUUGGGUGGUGGGCACUGGGACAGCAGGAGCACGAGGUCUAACUCCUGGCAUGAGAGCCAGGAGACAGCAGCAGGGAGCGCUGGGAGGCAGGGAGCCCUGGAGCUCUGCAGGCCCCUUUCCCCUAACCCUUCCACCCAACACAUGUGUUUGUCUUGAAGCACAUGUGACGAUCAUCUGAACAGCAGCCACAAGGGGGCACUCGCAGGGCUGGUGCUGCAGGGCCAGGCAGGCAGAAGCUGAAGAGGGUUUUCCUGCCCAAGGAUAGAACAGGCCGGACCUUGAGGGCAGGAACUCCAUGAAUUGUCCCUUCCAGCCCACACUCUCUGCCACCUCCUGGCCCUGUCCCAUUUCUAAGCCUGAGGCAGAAAGUCGCCUGGUCCUCUGUCUCCGUAGGGACCAGACAUGGGGGCUGAGGUUAAAGGCUGGGAUAGUCUGUGAGUGCUGGCUGCACCCCUGAGAUCUUCGUGGGGACUGCCGUGGGGAGCCAGCAGGAGCAGGGGCAGAGAUUCCUCUAGACCCCUUUUUUGCUCCCAGUUUCCAUGGAGGACAACCCAAUCAGCAGCAGUAUAGCCAAGGCCUCCAGAAACGUGGAGAAAUACCUAGGGAGAGUUCUGGUCAAGCCAUGCCAGUGUCGUGCAAACAUCACUAGGAAGGGAAAGUUUAUUUGGAGAGGACUGGUCCAAGGUUGCGGGACUUCACAGUCCCACAUCACCUUCUCAGCCUGUUAGAGUGGGCUGGGCCUGGGGCUCCCUGGGUCCUGGAGUGGGAGGUGAAGGUUCCUGAAAAGAGCAAGGGGCAGGCAGAGGAGAAAGGCUCCCCACACACCCCAGCCCCUGCCUGCCACCUGAAGCCUGUCACCUGAAGUAUACUGCCAUCCACCCACCUUAUCAGGUAGAAUCUCCUGGCCCAGAAACCAGAAGCCAUUUGUCUUUGAGCCUAAAUCAGUUGCCACAAGCCCCCAGACGAGUGAAGACAGAGGCGAGAGAGCAGUGAAAACUGCAGGGCUGUCGGAGGGGGGAGUGUGGGGGGUGAGGGGGUGCUGGGAGCCUGAGAGGACACUGCAUCCCCAUUUCCUGUGCACACAUCACUCCCUUCUAUAAUCUUAAGCCAUUACUAGACUGCUCUGGAGCCCGGUGGAGUGUAGUCUGCCCCCAGUCCUGUUUACUCACCUGCUUCCCUUGAGUAUCGAAUGUGACUGUUUGAAAAGCUGGUAGAAUUAAUCCCUCUUACUGUAGGUAGCGCUGCGACUCUGGGAUUUUUUUUUUCUUUUCUGCUGUGUUCUUUCAGAUGAGAUAUCUAUAAAUAUCUAUACAUUAUAUAUAUAUAUAUGUAUAUUGGGUCCUCUUGUGUGUGGUUUUCCAUCAGAGGCUGUCUCUUUGGUCAAAGUGAACUUUUAAUGGAGUUUAUUAUUUUCCUCUCUGUACAAAGUGAAGAGCCUAAUUUUGUGUAUUCUGGUGGCUGAUGUCAUGAGAUUUUGAGAUGACAAAAUAUAAAACAAAUAAAAAUCCUUGUCAACGUAGAGAGAGUUAACUGUGCUGAAAAACUAAUAAAGAAACUAAAAAGAA